AUGGAGGAGACGGGGAGAUUGGCUGAUAACGGGAGACUGUGGCGAACACAGUAUGGAGAUUUUCGUACACUGACAGCGAUGGACCGCGAAUCCAGUCCCGUACAAUUGGUACGUACGAUUGGUCUGGCUGCUCUGCGUGUCAUAAAUGGAUUCACUAACAGUCCGCAUGAGGACCGUGGAGAGUGGCAGGUGAUGAUGACGAAGAUGGAAUAG